CGAGCGGCGGCCGGUGGGGCUCCGCGCUCUGCACCUGGUCCUCGUCGGCCGCCCGGCCGCAGGAGGAGGAGGACGAGGAGGAGGAGGAAGGAGGCUGCCGCGAAAUGGCCGACAACCGAGCCAAGACCCCAAAAGCCGCCAACAAGACACCCCCUAAGUCGCCGGGGGACUUGGGCAGGGACAAGGAGGCCAAAAGGCUCUCGCUCGAAUCCGACAACCCCAGCGAGGGCGCGGCGGCCGCGGAGCUGAGCGACCUGGAAGAGGCCUUCCGGAAAUUCGCCAUCCACGGAGACACCCGGGCCACGGGGAAAGAGAUGCAUGGGAAGAACUGGUCGAAGCUCUGCAAGGACUGCCACGUGAUCGACGGGAAGAACGUCACCACCACCGACGUGGACAUCGUCUUCAGCAAAAUCAAGGGGAAGUCCUGCAGGACGAUUACGUUCGACCAGUUUAAGGAAGCCCUGGAAGAGCUGUCCAAGAAGCGAUUCAAGGAGAAGGCCGCAGAGGAAGCGGUCAGAGAGAUGCACAGACUCAUCGAAGGAAAAGCCCCCAUCAUUUCUGGAGUGACGAAGGCCGUUUCGUCGCCGACGGUGUCCCGGCUGACGGACACGUCGAGGUUCACGGGCUCCCACAAAGAGCGCUUCGAUCCCACCGGAAAGGGCAAGGGCAAGGCCGGCCGUGUGGACUUGGUGGACGAUUCGGGCUACGUGCCGGGCUACAAGCACGCCGCCCCCCGCUUUUCAGUCACGUUGGGAACUGAGGCAAGAGCCGGGAAGCGCUUUUCCAAGAACUGGAACUCUGGGGGCCGCCCGCCCUUGCCUCAGAACAUUCCUCCCGCUCCCGGCGAAAGAGGUGAGAUCCUUGUGGCGUCAACGAUCCGGGCAGAAAGGCUUUUGCCAACCAUCCCCGCUCUCUCAAGCGGAGCACCCGACGGUUGUCCCGUUUCUUCCCCAAUUUUGGGAUCCCGUUUCCCAAGGACCCCUUCCCGCAUGCAGACCGGAUUCCUUUCCUGUUUUUCCUGCCCAGACCGACAUUACCCUGGGGAAGUAAAUGGAAGAGUUUACUCCCGUUACAAAGUUUAAAGCGGGGGUUCUGCUCCGGGGAAGAGACCAGGCCCUGGAAUUCCAGCCGGCGUUUUCUCCUCCCUCCUUCCCCUCUCCCACUUCCUCCCCAUCCCUAGGGGGAAAUAAAUAACUCACCUUUUCCCCGAGCAGAGCCUUUGUAACUUAACACGUUAGAAGCGUUGGAGAUUUCCAUCAGGUAGGGGUUGUGCCCGGGAUUAAUUCAUUCAAUUGUAUUUAUUGAGCGCUCACUGUGUGCAGAGCACUGUACCAAGCGCUUGGGAAGUAUAAUGGAAGACCUGAAGACGCUUCUCCACCGCAGAGUCUGGCGUUAGCGUGUUCUUGUGACCUGCUGUGUUUUGUGUGGGUGCCGAUUUUGUUUACGCGGGGCCUCGUCGAAUGCUUCUUCUUGAGCCCCAAAGUCACCUGGGGAGAGGUGAAAAUGGAUCAUAAUGCGAUGAGCCUCUCUCUUGUGCGUGGAGGUAACGGGCCUUCGCUUCCUGGCUGUUCUAGCCGAACUCACCUCCGGGAGAGAGGGACGGAUGGGGCUCCACGGAGACGUCAGGCCCGGCCAAGGGCCCCUGUUGGCUUCCUUCAGAGCCCCAUCCUCUCCUACAGACACUGAGACUUCUAGAAAUUUCCUCGUGGACUUGACCGAACGCUUCACUCCAUCCGGGCGGUCGUUCUCCGCAAACCGCCGGGCCGAGCGCCCGCCCGAGGUGAGAUGUCCGUCCGCCGGAUAGUCGGCAGGUCGGCUUUGGGAUGGCUUCCGGCCCAGCUGGGCCGGAGAGGGGAAAUAAAUGCCAGGGCGGAGAGUGCCAGGAGAAGCAGGCUGCUCAUUUCUCCUGUGGAAGCGGCCCGUUUUUACCUCGGACCAAUAAAGCGUCCGAUGUCCCCGACGAGCUUCCCCAGCUGCUCUCGCUGCGGACUACCAGAUGGCCCUGCCGGGUGAGCCGUGGUCCAGUCUUUCCCUGGAGCGAGCUCCCAUCUGCCUCCAGGACUUCCCUGCUACCCAACUGUUUCCCAACGGAAGGGAAGAACCGUUUAUACCCCUGAACCCCGCGGUUCAGGAAUAGGAAAGCUCGGCCUCGUUCAUCCGAUCUCCUUCUGCCUGUUUGGGUCCAUUGCUCCAGAGUCAUUCCUCCAGCACGUUCCUGCUAUUUUCCCCGCAUCUCCACUGCCCUGGCUCCUUUCUCGCGGAGGCUGAGCGUCUCCAGACCCGGCACUGAAAGAAGCUUGGCUUCUUCCCCAGCCUAUGCUGGCUUACUUGAGGUCUUCUGAAGCUUUUAAGUUAUCUCCCCGCUCCUCAUGGCCAAUUCACCACCUUUUUUCAGUCCAUCCAUAAUGUCCGCUUUCUACCGGAGCGUUUUGAGGGUGGGCGCCGGUCUCCAGCCCCUCCUUUGCUGGCCUGAGGUCAGCAUGCUGUUUUUAACCACCCAACUAAAUUUCAGCAAAAGAUACAGCCGUGACGAGAGAGAGUCCUUGCUGUCAGGGUAAGCCUCAGCGUUCGGCCGGGCUGCGUGGCGGAGGUGUAUCAGGAAUGGAAUUGGGGUGAAUUGUCACAGAUGCGGGUGCAACGUUUUAUAGCAUUCACCUCGAGCAAAUUCAGUAGGAUUUGAUCUCUGGCUUCCCGCGAAGAGGAAGGAGGUAGCUCUUAGCCGUCCUGGGCUAGUUGAACUUCUAGCUUAGAUGAACCCUCCCCUGACGGAGAGAGUCCCACCUCAACCCAAAGUCAGGUUGAGGCGGUGCGGUGCAGUGGAAAGAGCAAGGAUCUGGGAACCAGGAAACCCGCGCUCUAGCUCUGUGAUGACUCCGCGUCGCUUUACCUCUGGAGGAAUCAAUUUCCUCCUCUGCCUUUCCCUCCCACAUAGGGCUCUUCUGAGGCCAAAGUGAGCUCACUGAUGUGAAAUAAGAGAAAUAAGAGCACUUGACAAAUGCGAGGUCUUAGAAUUUCAAUUCCCUUCUGCUCCAGCGUUGUUUUUGGCGUAGAUUAACAUUUAGCUAGCCUGGCCUAUCGGGUUCACUGUGAAGUUUUCAGUCUACGAAAAAUCCCUUCGUUCCCCCUCCGCAAACAGCCCCUCGACCUCGCAAAUUUCUUCUCUUGGCAAACCGAUUUACUACUGAGGACUCCCCUUACUGGCGCCCGCCCGCAGUUUGAGCCUAAUUGUAGCAAGCUGCACGGAGCAACGCGCUGGUACUUCACCUCUGGAACAGGGGGAAGGCAGGAGUUUUCCACAGCCAAAGGCACUGAUGUUUAGCCACAGGAAAGGGGCUGCUACCACUGGCUAAAGGGUCUGAGACAGACCUAAGAGGAGGGAAAGAGAGAGAGAGCUGUCAGACUUUCCAGCCAGCAGCCAGGAUUUCCUAGCUUCGAACCCUAAUCAUUUAGCUUCCUUCAUUUCCUUUUAACGAAACUUGAAAGGGGAUCAUAUACUACUAGUUUGUACUAGGUUUUUUCAGGAAAGGGAAACAAAUUUAAAUAUAUAUAUAUAUAUAUAUAUGCAAUAUAUAUUUUUACACCGUUUUAUUAACGCUAUGAAGUAUUAAAUAUCACUUUAUCGGUUUGAAUGUUUAAGUAUUGACAACGUUUUGGGUGUUGAAACUGUGUAGUUGUCUUGCUCUAUCCUAAACCUGCAUUAAUCCCAGACAAGCUAAAUUGCCAGAAUAAGCACCGUUAAUCUUGCCGCUUCUUGUGAGUUCCAGGGAGGCAGGGUCUCACUAGAGCCGUCAAAGCCGUGGCUCGCCAAGUCUCCAGGCAAACGCGUGUUGGAUUCAAAUGGUUUCUUCCGGAGUACAGCGGCUCACAAUGUGUACGUUUCUGCUGUUGAUUGUGUAAAACUCUAUCUUCAGUUGGUAAAGUGAUCAAUAAAUGUGUUCAGAGGCAGGUGGCUGUCAUUCCUUA